AUGACGAAAGCCCCGGGGUCCACAUCGCCUACAGGAUGGACGGCCAACUCCUCAAUCAUCGGCGCAUGCACUUCCGGUCAGGAGUAUCAACAACUUCUCUUCGUUGACGAUUGCGCCCUCAACACCACUACAGAAGGGCACAUGCAAAGAAGCAUGGGCCUCUUGGCCGCCCCCUGUGACAACCUCAGCUCCAUCAUAAACACGAAGAGGACAGUGGUUGUGCAUCGGCUGCCACCCAACGCCGCCUACGUCGCACCCCAAAUCGACGCGAACGGCGCCCAACUGCAGGUCGUGGACACCCUCACCCACCUGGGCAGCACCUUCUCGCAGCACCAAAAUCAACGACGAGGUGGCCUGCCGGAUCUCCAAAGCUAG